AUGGCGGUGGCAGUGACAGUGACAGUGACAAUGACAUUGAUAACGACAACGACAGUGACAACAACGUUGACAGUGACAGUGACAAUAACAAUUACAGUGACAAUGAGUGACAAUGACAACGAAAUCAACACUGAUAAUGACACUGACAGUGACAGUGACAUUGACGCUGACAGUGACAAUGACGCUGACAGUGACAAUGACACUGACAGUGACAUUGAUGCUGACAGUGACACUGACAGUGACAAUAACAUUGAUAAUGACAGUUGCCACCCCUGUCCCCAGGUGACGUUUGACAACAGCGCCCACAGCGGGCGGGUGCGGAUCCGCCUGGACACGCACGCGGCCAUCCGGGAGUGCCACCACCCCUCGCUGCCCGGCAGAGGUGACAGCGGGGCAAUGUCACCCACUGGGGACACUGUCAGCCUAGGAACAAUGGGGACAUUGUCAUUGCCUGGCAGGGACACUGCCACCCUGGGGACAAUGGGAGGGCAUAUUGUCACCUCCCCCAGGGUGACAGUGGCCUGGGGACGUGGCGGUGGCACUGUCCCCGUGUCCCCACAGAACUUCUCGGGGUACGACGUGUGCAGCAUCCUGCUGGGGACAUCGACGCUGCUCGUGUGGGUCGGGGUCAUCCGGUACCUGACCUUCUUCCGGAAGUACAACAUCCUGAUCGUGACGCUGCGCGUGGCGCUGCCCAACGUGAUGCGCUUCUGCUGCUGCGUGGCCGUGAUUUAUCUGGGGUAUUGCUUCUGCGGCUGGAUCGUGCUGGGCCCGCACCACGUCAAGUUCCGGUCGCUGUCCAUGGUGUCCGAGUGUCUCUUCUCGCUGGUCAAUGGCGAUGACAUGUUUGCCACCUUCGCGGCGCUGCGGCCCAGCGGGGCGCUGGUGUGGCUCUUCAGCCAGGUGUACCUGUACUCCUUCAGCGCGCUCUUCAUCUACAUGGUGCUCAGCCUCUUCAUCGCCCUCAUCACCGGCUCCUACGACACCAUCAAGGUGAGCGCCACAGGUGGGACCUCACCCGGGUGUGACAUCACCUGGGUGUGA